AGUUGCAGCUCAUAUAGGCAUACGGAUGUUUUACAGUCAGAGUUCACGAGACUAUCAAUGUGUGUAUGAGAUCAGAAAAAGCGUGUAGGAGUUGCUCAGUUCAAACGCUGAUGAGGUAGCCCAAGCUCGAGCACAAUUUCCGUAGACGCACAGUUUGCAACCAUAGAGGGGUCACUAAUACAUAACCCAGUGGAUUGGGAGUCACAUAGGUCAGUAAACGAAGACACGAGCACAUUUCCUCGGCUGGGGUGGAAGAGCGACGGCUAAAGACUGCUGACUAGAAGACGGAGCCACAGAGAGAAACAGCCAUGACAGAAUAUUACCAGAUCUUAGGGGUCCAGAGAAACGCGUCGGCGGAGGACAUUAAAAAAGCGUACAGAAAGCUAGCGCUCAAGUGGCAUCCAGACAAGAACCCUGACAACAAGGAGGACGCAGAGAGACAGUUCAAAGAGCUUUCAGAAGCCUAUGAGGUCCUGUCAAACGCAAACAAGAGGAACCUGUAUGACCAAUAUGGUAAAGAAGGCCUAACAGGAAGCGGAGGUGGAGGAGGAGGGCAUUAUCACAACGCUGAUCACUUCGGUGGUGGGUUCACAUUCCGUAAUCCAGAAGACGUCUUCAGGGAAUUCUUCGGGGGACGAGAUCCAUUUGCAGAUUUCUUCGCGGACGAUGACUUCUUUGGCGGGGGUCAAAGGCAGCAAGGGGUGAGCCGGAGCAGGACAGGGGGACCCUUCUUCCACGAUUUCGGGGGCUUCCCCCCCUUCGGGGCAGGCUUGCCAGUGUUUGAUUCAGGUUUCACUUCGCUGGGGCAUAUGGGUGGAGGGGGCUUUGCCACGUUCUCCUCUUCAUCUUUCGGGGGUAGCGGAGGAGGAGGAGGGGGGAUGGGCAACAUCCGCUCAGUAUCCACCUCUACCAAGUUCAUCAACGGCAAAAGAAUCACCACAAAACGGAUUGUGGAGAACGGCCAGGAGAGGGUGGAGGUGGAGGAGGACGGUCAGUUGAAGUAUCUAACCGUCAACGGUCUGGAAGAGGAGGACUGGCGACAGAACGCUUUCCCUGGUCCUCCCUCCCACCAACGCUACCUGAGGAACACCUCACAGAACCCCCUGGAGGAAGACGAGGAGUGCGGGCUACAGAGCCUGGGACUCGCCAGAGGACACAUGGACACUAAGAGGAAGAAAUAUCCUUGGAGACAGGAGGCGGAGCUCAAAAAGAAGAGAUCACCUCGAUUGGCUCCUCGAAUUGGUGCCUUGUUCUAAAGCACCGCCUUUUGCCUGCCCUUCCCUGUACGUGUCACCCGGAGGGGAAGAGCAUCAGUAGAUGUGGCAUUAACACGACUCAGCCGUAGGGAUAUUAAAAUCAGGAAACUUUCCCAAAAUUCCCAGGUUUUUCCUUAAGUUCCGGUUCCAAGAUUCCUGGAAUGAAGAGGGACUGAGAAUGACAUUUCUGGAAAAAAAGUUACCGGAAUUUUGCAAACCUACUUAACCAUCUACAUUGAUCAUGCCAGCCCACCACCACCACCCCAUCACUGUGCCAGGUCUCCCCUUCUCUAUCAACUGCUCAGCGCAAGCAGCAAAUCUUAUUAGAUGUCUUUUAUGGAAGACAUUAGACUUUCUCAAGAUCUGUUUUCUCUACCAACAGUUCCUCUGUUUUCUCCUCAUGGCUCCUCUGCAGUUUAUUUAUCGUCCCCCCCCCCAGAUGUCAAUAGAUAGGAGCAGAUCUGUUUUUCAUUAUUUUUUCGUUCAUCACAAAUAGAUGGUUGGCCCGGGAGGACCUUAGCAUGAGCAUGCGCACGUGCUGUCAUAAUUGGUCUCCUCUGAAUGGAAUGCUCAAUAUUUCAUCAAAUGUACUUUCAGAAAUGUUUCUAGUUCGUUUUUUUAAAGGGAUCUGAAGGGUCGAAGUAAAUCUAAUGGGUGUGAAUGGUCUGGAAGAGCCUGCAACAGUAGUGCAAUGAUGUCAGAGACGCUGAUGGCCAUUUAGGUAUAGGUGGGUCUUUAAACCUUUAAAGAUAGAGUUUAUAGAAAUGAUUUAAGUGAAUUUGGGUGAACUGUCUCUUUAAAGACCAAUAUGAGGUUAGAGAGAGAAGUGUCCGGAGAGAUCACAGAACUUGGCUUAAAGAGCAAAAAGGAAAGAAGAUGGCGUUUCAAAAGCACUGGGCGUAAAGCACUUUGUGACACCUGCUGAUGUAAAAAGGGGCUUUAUAAAAAUGCAUCUGAUUGAUGCAGAAAACAUACAGGAAUAUACUGUAGCUUUUGUCUGCGCUGAGGGAAAUAUUCUUGCUAUCUACACCAAAGAGAAUAGUAAUAGCAAAGUAAAGACGUGCCGUAUAGGGGCAGUCUCUCACCCCUUCAUGUGCAAUAGCUACCUUUCCCCCCUCUAGCAUCGUUCUACUGUAAUUUGAAUUGGGCCCAUAUAACUGCACGAGUAGCCGUCUCCCUUUCUAGCCUCUCACAAAGGGUUGUCACUUGGUUUUUACGUUUCACUGCUUUGGUUGGGAUGGAAACCUCAGAUGGAAGUCCCAGUGUUGAACAUAUUUAUGUCUUUCAUAACUAUUUUAUCAGAUUUUUUUGUUUGUUUGUUUAGUUUAUUGUCAAUUUGCUUUUAUUCAUGCCCAGUGCCAGGGGAGAUGGAAUGAUUGUUUCAUUUUCUGUAAACACCCACCAGUAAAGCUUCAUGUCCAGCAGAUAAUGGUUAUGUAUUCA